UUAUAUACCUGAAUGUAUGGGCACACGUUAUCCGGUCGUCGGCGACAUUGAUUUUCGUCGAGUGUGCAAAAAUGUUUGUUUGCAUUUCUUUUUACAUUGUGGUUAAGCAAUAUAUCGUCGAGACCUCUCCGCAGAACACGUCGACCGACCCCGACUGAUGUAGCCCGCAUAUGUUGUUAUUGCCGGCGGUCAAAUCCAAACGUGCCGUAUCGCAUAUAAAAGUUCUAUCGAUAUCGGGUAUCGCGUGGGAAUUGAUGGGAAGUAGACGAUGCACGGUACCAGGCAAGCUCCACUUUGGCCGCUGUUUUGUUGCGCGAUACUCCUCGAAACCGUCAGCGGAGCGAAGCCAAAACAUUCCGCUCAUUUGGAUCCGCAUUGGGACAAUUUUAAGGCGGAACAUAAUAAAACAUACAUAAGAAAUAAUGAACACCACCAUCGUUCAGCGUGGGAGGAGAACUUUCAUCACAUUAAUAGACACAACGAAGAGGCUAAAAGUGGAAAACACAAUUACACACUGGAUUUGAAUCAUUUAGCUGACAUGCCUUUGCAUCUGUACAAUAAACAUUUUACUAGUCUUUCAUCAAGCAAAUUAACCAAAAGCACAGAUAUGCAUACUGAUCCGUCUCAACAUCAUACGAAAUCAAUUCCUGAAGAGGUUGACUGGCGGGAAAGAGGAUUUAACACACCCGGAUGGAAUCAAUUGGACUGUGGUGCGUGCUAUGCUUUCAGUAUAGCUUCCAUGCUUGAAGGACAGCUGUUUAAAGCCACGGGAGAGUUGCACACAUUAAGCUCGCAACAAAUCAUCGACUGUUCAAUCGCAUAUGGAAAUCUCGGUUGUUCCGGUGGAUCGUUAAAAAACACAUUGCAGUAUCUCCGGAGAGUCGGAGGAAUUAUGCAAGGACUUGAGUAUUCGUACAAAGCAAAGAAAACAUUGUGUCAUUUCAAAAAAUAUAGAGCAGUACUUCAAAUUUCAAAAAUUUCAAUACUGCCACCAUCCGACGAACACGCGCUGAAAGUAGCUGUGGCGCUUAUAGGACCAAUCAGCGUAUCAGUGAAUGCAAAUCCAAAAACAUUUCAAUUGUACUCAUCCGGAGUUUACGACGACCCAGCCUGUUCGUCCAGCAUCGUUAACCACGCAAUGUUGCUGGUCGGGUACACGAAGAACGCUUGGAUUUUGAAAAACUGGUGGAGCUCGAAAUGGGGUGACAACGGUUACAUGUAUUUGGCACGUGGCAAAAACCAGUGUGCUGUGUCCACCUACGCCGCUUACGCUACCAUAUUAUUGCCGAGCCACCGAUCGCAGCCUUCGACGCAUCCUCGUGGUUGA